AUGAGCACUACAGAUAAGCAGAUUUCUGCUCUUGUUGUGGAGUUUUUAAGACAAUGCCUUGAAUCCAACACAAUUCCUAAUGAUAACAAGGACUCAAUAGAAUUUGCAAUUGAAAGCAUAGGUGAGGCAUUCGGAUUAGAUUCCGCAUUCUGUGAACAAGUUAGCGACCUCUUUGAGGGACAAAACCUUCGCAGUCUUAUCUCACUGCCUACGACAAGCUCCUCAAAGGCUGCUGAAGACGGGUCAGUUCCUGUUCAUGUCCACGAAAAUGAGAAUGAGGCUAACAAUAAGGACAAAGCUGAGUCUUUGAAGCUUGAAGGUAAUAGGGCGAUGGCCGCUCGAAAUUUCGAAGAAGCAAUUGAGAAGUAUACUGCGGCGUUGGAUAUGUUUCCUUCAAAUGCUGUGUACUUAUCUAAUCGUGCUGCAGCCUACUCAUCAUUUGGGAAACACGAUUUAGCUUUGAAGGAUGCACAAAGGGCUACCGAAUUUGCGCCUAAUUAUGCCAAAGCAUGGUCCCGUAUGGGAUUGGCGAAAUAUGCGCUAGGAGACAUUGAAGGGUCUAUGAAAGCUUAUGAACGUGGGCUAGAAGUUGAAGGUGACUCACCUUCGGAAGCUAUGAGAAAAGGUUUCGAAACUGCCAAAAAAAAGUACACUGAAACUCUAGCCGCAUCAUUAGGAUCAACAGUCUGUGAGUCAGAAUCCCAAAAUUCUGCUGGUGGGGAAGCUCAGACAUUGCCGGAUAUAACGAAUCUAGCUAGUAUGCUAGGUGGAUCUUCUGAAGGGUCACCCUCUGGCGGCGGUAAUCUUGGAGGUCUUGCUGGACUAAUGAACAAUCCACAAAUAAUGCAAGCUGCACAAAGAAUGAUGCAAGACCCUGAAGCUAUGAAUGGUUUGCUCAACAACCCGCAAAUAAGGCAGGUGGCUCAAAAUUUGGGUCUUGGAGGUGAGGGAGGUUUAGAUGAGCUCAUGAAUAAUCCUAUGCUUCAAAAUUUGGCGAAUCAGUUUAGAACCUCAAAUUAG